GUCUGGGGAGGGACCCUGGGCAUGAAUCCUUGGGCUCUGGGCACAGACCCGUUAAUUCCCAGCAGGCUGGUUUUGCUGGGGUUAACGGGCACUGCCCGCCCCAGGGACGCGGGUGCGGCCUCUACAGAAACCUGGCUCUGUGUUGCUCUGGUUGCAAAAUGCUGCAGGCUCCAGAAUUUCUGUGAGCUUAGGUGGGGCUGGGGGACUGCAGUAUUGGGGAGGGGAGAGAGAUCUUGCCUUAAGGCUGCUAUUUAAAUUGUAUGUUUGGGUAUGUUGGGAAGUGGCAGAAGCCUUUCAAGCCACGAAUUCGUGCAGCCCCUGGCACGGGUGCUGGGGAGAGACUGUGUUUCCUGACAGCUUGGAGGCCUGUAGCUGCAGGAAUCCCUUAUAUCUUCCCACUGUCAGUGUGGCUUCUCCGCCUGUGCAGAGUUGUUAGGGUCGGCUGCAGAAUGAACAGGAGAGGGUGGGCUGGGCCAGGGCUUGUAGCUGCCCACCUUUGAGAGGUGUGAUGACUCCAUUGGGAACUUUCACCCCAGAACAUGGCCUCUGGCUCAGUUUGUAUCUCAAAAUCCAUCUCUCCCCUGGGACGGGAAAUCCCCAGUCUCCCUAACUAGCACCUUACUCCAGUGGGGGAAUUAAGAUCCUUCACUUCCCUAGGAAUUCCCUGGUGGUCCAGUGGUUAUGACUCCAUCCUUCCACUGCAGGGGUCCCGAGUUCGAUCCCUGGUUGGGGAACUAAGAUCCUUCACUUCCCUGAAAACCAGAAAAGAUAGCCUUGGGGUCACCAGGGAGACCCCCAGAGAGCACUGAGGCCAAACCUGCUCCUCUGUAAGAACUGGGCCAGUCUCCCAGCCACCACUCCUAAAGAAGGUUUUUAGAAACCCAAAUCUGCAUUGCACUUGGUUUUUCUUGUGGGAUUUCUCUCUAGAAUCCUAGUGGCGCGGGGCAGGAUGGGGGUGGGGGAGCCACUCUUCCGGUUUCACCGGAUCUCCUAAUCCUGAGGAGACAAAAGGUCCAGUCCUGUCUUUGUGGAGAUCCUUGAGACUGAGGGGCAAGAGGAACCCCUGAGAUGGGCUGCUCUGUGCCUUCCAGUUGCCAGGAACCUGGUCCUCUGGCCAGAGGCCAAGGCAGUGCUAGCUUCGAAGCUGUUUUAGGGGUGCGGAGAGGAGGCCAUGCUGAGAAUUAAGAGGACUGGAGUCAAGGGAGGGUGGAAGAGGAGAGAGAGAGAGAGAGAGAGAGAGAGAAUGCCUGGCAUAAUAUUACCUUCGGAUUUGAGAUGAUCCAGCUGAGCUGUGGCUCUCUCUAGCACGUGGACUCCCAGCCCGGCGCCCCCCCCCGCCCCAUUACUUGGGCCUGCAUCUAAGUCCAGGGGCAUCUCACACAGCCUACUUUCAGAAGGAGGAUGUUGAUAGAUUUCAUGGUCAUCUUUUCCACUUGAAAAGUCUGGAGGUUCUUCUUCUUGUGUAACCCCCCUCCUUCAUUCUGUAAUGUAAAAUUUUUUCCUCUGUUUCCGCUUUUGGGAGUUUAAAAGGGGAAUCCAAAUUCCAUACACCUUUCUCUCUUCUCUACAUUAGGUCAGAAGUUCUUAGCCUGGAGUUUGUGGAUAGAAUGUAGAGGUCUUCGUAUUUGGAUGAGGGGAGAAUAGUACAUUUUUAUUCACACUAACCUAAACUGAUAUUUAGCGUUUCUUAUGAUUAUUAACGUCCGCAACAAUCCAUGAUAGUAUUAGCAGGUAUUUUCCUACCAUUCUGCCUUUGUUGCAGGUACCGUAAGAACCGUUUACGCUCAUCACUACUUUGAAAUUAAGCCAGUUGUUAAAAUAUCUACCACGAGAUCUUAUUAUUUAAUGUAUUACACAGAGCACAUAUUACUAUAUCACACAUUUGGUGGUUUUAACAUUUUGAUAACUUUAAUUUGUUUCUUCUGUAUCUUAUUUUAUGCAUUUAUGAACAUUUGGCCAUUACCAGACUACUAAGGGGGAUUUCGACUGAAGAAAUCCCCCUUGUAUGGGAGGUCCCUGGUGGUCUACUGGUUAGGAUUCGGCGCUUUCACUGCUAUGGCCCGGGUUCAAUCCCUGGUCAGGGAACUGAAAUCCCACAAGUCACGCAGCACCACCAAAAAAAGAAAAAUCCCGCUUGUAGAGUUGUAGAUGGUCUUCUUGACUAGUAGGAAGAAAAGAGUGGAAGAGGGGCAGGAAGGGAAAGGAGUGUUCCUGAGAGGGUGGACUGGCGCCUGUGUUUGGGGAGGGCUAAGAGUAGGACGGAGGUCAUCAUGGGAUAUUGUGUGAUUUUUCAGCUUGGUUGAGGACAGAGCAAAGGAAAGCAGGUUGAGGUAGAAAAAGUGAGCUAACAUUAGGAGAAACUUCCGGGUCUGGAGACAGUGAGAACUGGGGAGGUCAAGGAGGGGCCACCUAAGCGUCCUCUUUUGGGAGUGGUGCUCAAUGUGACCAGGAAGCUGGGGGGAGGAAGAUGCCUUCCAGGGGAGGAGGCUGCUGGGGGCGGGACAGCCUGGCAGUCCCAGCUUCCUGUUGUCGCUACCCCUGGGAACCUGGCCAUGUUGCCCUUGGCUGAGGCCCAGCUUGGGCCGAGACAGCCUGCUCCCAAGGUCAGAGAGUGAGUUAAAGGUAAAGGGUGGACAGCCCCCCGGGGCUCCCCCACCCCCGUCUCGCCCCGCGCCACUACCACCACCCCUCCCACAGCACACUGAGAAGUCCCCGGGGUUGGGGGGGGUGAGGAACGAGGAAGUGAUGGCUACUCUAGAAGUUAUCUCCGGACAUGAACCCCUAGGUCUGGCCUGGGUCACUGCAGGAGGCUACCACAGCAAGGAAGCUGUGCCCCAGCCCCGACCAGGCCAGAAGAAGUGGAACAAGCUGUGGUUUUGGACCCUCUUCCGGUUUCACUGGAUCCCGAGAUGGUUUGGGUUUCAAGUUGACUGCUUGUCCUUAGCGGCUUCCCUUACCCCGUCCCCAGGGCAGAGAAGCCUGCAGCGCCUUACCUUGAGCAGCGGCCCCGAGAACCCGUAUCUCCAGGACCUAAGACCUCUUCCUGCCCCUGUGCACGCUGCGGGGCUGCUCCUGGCCCCUGGGCCUUGGGCUCGGCUGCUCGCACCCUGUGCAUAGAGCAGACCAGGACACAGGGCUGGCCGCUCCGUGGGCCGUGCCAGACACCGGCCCUCUGACUCGGCAGGCCCGACGCUCCUGCGGGGUCCUUGUUCCUUUGCCUCCGCCUGUUUAAAACUUGUCUCUGGUUCGUGGUUCUCUCUGUUGUCUCUGCUCGGUUGUCGGCCUGACCACCCACCCAAACCCAGGCUCUAGACCUGCAGUGUCCGAUAUGGUAGCCACAAGCCACAGGUGGCCACUUAAAUUUAAGUUAAUUAAAUUAAAAUGCAGUUCCUUGGUUACACCCGCCACAUUUCAAGUGCUCAGUAACAAAUGUCCCUGGUAGGUGCUUUGUUGCACAGCACAGCUGGGGAGCGUUUCUACCCUCGAAGGAAGUUCUCUUGGACAAGACUACUCUAGGAGUCAUCCCCCCACGUGAACCCCUAGGGCUGGCCUGGGUCACUGCAAGAGGCUGCCUCUACCCAGCCUCCCUGACCCAGGGGGCUGUUGCGGUUCUGACUAUAAACAGUAUGUGUUUGGCGGCUGGGCCUGGGCCUGGUGGUGUAUCUCCGACACUCAGAGGAUUUCCCUAGAGAUUAUGACGUUGCAGCCCCGCUGCGAGGACGUAGAGACGGCCGAGGGGGUAGCUUUAACUGUGACGGGUGUCGCCCAGGUGAAGAUCAUGACCGAGAAGGAGCUCCUGGCCGUGGCCUGCGAGCAGUUCCUGGGCAAGAGUGUGCAGGACAUCAAGAACGUCGUCCUGCAGACCCUGGAGGGGCACCUGCGCUCCAUCCUCGGGACCCUGACAGUGGAGCAGAUCUAUCAGGAUCGGGACCAGUUUGCCAAGCUGGUGCGGGAGGUGGCAGCCCCCGACGUCGGCCGCAUGGGCAUCGAGAUCCUCAGCUUCACCAUCAAGGACGUGUAUGACAAAGUGGACUAUCUGAGCUCCCUGGGCAAGACGCAGACUGCUGUGGUACAGAGAGAUGCCGACAUCGGAGUGGCCGAGGCUGAGAGGGAUGCAGGCAUCCGGGAAGCCGAGUGCAAGAAGGAGAUGCUGGACGUGAAGUUCAUGGCAGACACCAAGAUCGCCGACUCCAAGCGAGCCUUCGAGCUGCAAAAGUCAGCCUUCAGCGAGGAGGUCAACAUCAAGACGGCUGAGGCCCAGCUAGCUUACGAGCUGCAAGGGGCCCGUGAGCAGCAGAAGAUCCGGCAGGAAGAGAUUGAGAUUGAGGUCGUGCAGCGCAAGAAGCAGAUUGCAGUGGAGGCGCAGGAGAUCCUGCGCACAGACAAGGAGCUCAUAGCCACAGUGCGCUGCCCCGCCGAGGCCGAGGCCCACCGCAUACAGCAGAUCGCCGAGGGCGAGAAGGUGAAGCAGGUCCUCUUGGCACAGGCAGAGGCUGAGAAGAUCCGCAGAAUCGGGGAGGCGGAGGCAGCAGUCAUCGAGGCGAUGGGCAAGGCGGAGGCUGAGCGGAUGAAACUCAAGGCUGAGGCCUACCAGAAAUACGGGGACGCAGCCAAGAUGGCCUUGGUGCUGGAGGCCCUGCCCCGGAUUGCUGCCAAAAUCUCCGCCCCCCUGACCAAAGUCGAUGAGAUUGUGGUCCUCAGUGGGGACAACAGCAAGGUGACCUCAGAGGUGAACCGACUGCUGGCCGAGCUGCCUGCCUCUGUGCACGCCCUCACGGGCGUGGACCUGUCUAAGAUACCGCUGAUCAAGAAGGCCACCGGUGCACAGGUGUGAGGUCCCGAAGGCUCACACCGUUCAGCAGCCACCGCCCCCUCUUCAGCACCCGUUUUAGUACCACAGGGACAACGGGAACGUUACUGACUCUGGUGCCUUAUUUUGUAGGGACCAGGAGUGCUGCGUGUUCAGGCCUCUGGCUGUCUUCCCUUCUCCCCUGUCUCUGUCUGUCUCUGUCCUCUUCUCCUCUACCCCACACCCUCAUUUUCACUGCCACAUUUGUCUGGUUUGUCUCUUCCGCCCUUAUCUUCUUGUACGUUUCUUCCUUUGUCUGUUUGUCUUUUUCUCUCCCCUCUCCUCCCAUCCUCUACACACGUCAUGUAGUUUAGGCUGAAGACGUUGAGUAUAAUCAUUGUCUGUCUGUUGGGGGGUGGCCCUGCUGCUCCUCAGAAUCCUGGUGCCUUGAAGUUUUCUGUGCAUCUGUCCAUCCCCCCUGUGGCCCCAGCCAGAGCUUCAGCAUGGGUGCAGGGAUUCUGGGUAGGACGGCCACCCUGCCCUCUCCUGGCCUGGUCCCUGCCCCCAGGAAGCCCCCAGCCUCUCACACUCUGGCCCUUCUCGGCCCAGGUUAUCUGUGGCUGCAGGCCCAGGGCCAGCACCAUUCACUAACCCCGUGCCCAGCCCCAGGCCUGCUCUCAUACCUUACCUCUUUCUCCCCCGCCCAGGGGCACGGAGGGAAGGCCUCCUGUGUAGAGCAGCUCCCUCAGUUUACUACUGCCUUAGGAGGCCCCUGCUUGUGCUCAGGGAAGUCCCCUUCACGGGCACGUCCCUACUAGGUGGAGUGGGGCUUGGUCCCAACUCUGCUAAGCCCUUCUGGGAUCAGGAUCUAGCCCUUCUGGAGACUAGAAAGUGUAGAGACCCUCUUCCUACCAGGGCUGUACUGUCGUGGGUGUCGGGCUGGGCCCUUCCAGUGGGCAAAGCUCUGGUACCCUAUACAGAAUCCAGUGCUGUAGACUGGCCAGACUCCACACCCCUUGUGCCAGCUUCCUUCCUGGCCAGAGUGACUAGGUUCCAGCCAUGGGGAAGCAGCCCAGUCCUCUGUGUCCUUGCUCCAGUGGAGGCAGAAGAGCCCAGGACCCAAGCAUCCUGUGGUCCCAGUCCCCCACCCCUUGCCCUGCCCCAGCCUGUGUAGCCGUUCCUGCAUGUGGAUGCUGCAUGUGUGGUCUGGGGCUUGGACGCUGCACUGCCCCGCUGCCCGUCCCUUCUGGUGAAAUAAAGAUCUGGUUAUGGCCA